AGAUGGAGCAGUCUUUCCAACCUUUCAGGUGCUUACUCCUGAAGUCUCUUAUUUGGGGCUCCAUCUUGGCUUGCUCUACCCUGUGAGUCAGGAGUGAGUGAGCACAGAGAGGACACUGUGGGGAACAUCAUCAAUAGAGGUCUGAUGUGACAAUGAGUGUCUGUGCUCUGAGGGACACAGGGCUUGCCCGGUUGGGAAACAGUUAAGCAGGUUUGACCAGCUGACCUGAACGUGGCCAGUGGCCGGUCCUCCACCAUGGCCACCCCACCAUCUUGGCUGAGUAGGAAGGUGUUUCCCUUCAAGCUGGGCAAAUGGAUGAGGUUUUCUUGCUUCCAGUCAUUGACUGUCUCCCCCAACCUUCGCCAAAAGAAACUACUCCACAAACUGCAGGAGGAGAGGACUUUUCGUGAAGAGAUGAAAGUCUUCCGUGAGAGAAUAGAAGACUUCAGAGAGGAGAUGUGGACUUUCCGGGGCAAGAUCCGUGCUUUCCGUGGCCAGAUCUUGGGCUUUUGGGAAGACGAGAGGCCUUUCUGGGAAGAGGAGAAAACCUUCUGGAAAGAGGAAAAGACCUUCUGGGAAAUGGAAAAAUCCUUCCGAGAAGAAGAGAAAACCUUCUGGAAAAAGUAUCGCAUCUUCUGGAAGGAGGACAAGGCCUUCUGGAAAGAGGACAAUGCCUUAUGGGAAAGAGACCGGAACCUUCUUCAGGAGGACAAGGCUCUGUGGGAGGAAGAGAAGGCCCUGUGGGUAGAGGAAAGAGCCCUUCUGGAAGAGGAGAAGGCCCUGUGGGAAGAUAAAAAGUCCCUCUGGGAGGAAGAGAAUGCCCUCUGGGAAGAGGAGAAGGCAUUCUGGGUAGAAGAUGGCGGCUAUAUUGGUGGGGAGCAGAUCCUCAGAGAUGGACACUACAAUGACAAUGGAGGACUUCAAUCACCAGCCUCUUCCCGAGGCAGGGCAUGAGCUCAGGAGAUGAAGGGUCCAGGGUCUGCUGGAACUCAAGUCCAGGUUGAACCCAUGUACCUGGAGAAAUAAUCACUUAUUUGUCUCCUUAUUUCAAAAGAUCUAAUAAAGUCUUAGGGAGACCUUUGGAAAAACAA